AUGAGUUCCUAUUUUGUGAAUCCCACUUUCCCCGGGAGCCUGCCCAGCGGCCAGGACUCGUUCUUGGGGCAGCUGCCCCUCUACCCGGCCGGCUAUGACGCGCUGAGGCCCUUCCCGGCCUCGUACGGGGCGUCGAGCCUCCCGGACAAGACGUACACCUCACCUUGUUUCUACCAACAGUCCAACUCGGUCCUGGCCUGCAACCGGGCAUCCUACGAGUACGGGGCCUCGUGUUUCUAUUCUGAUAAGGACCUCAGUGGCGCCUCGCCCUCGGGCAGUGGCAAGCAGAGGGGCCCCGGGGACUACCUGCACUUUUCUCCCGAGCAGCAGUACAAAUCCGACAGCAGCAGCGUGCCAGGCAAAGCCCUCCAUGACGAAGGCACCGACCGGAAGUACACCAGCCCUGUUUACCCCUGGAUGCAGCGGAUGAACUCCUGCGCCGGUGCUGUCUACGGGAGUCACGGGCGCCGAGGCCGCCAGACCUACACGCGCUACCAGACGCUGGAGCUGGAGAAGGAGUUCCACUUCAACCGCUACCUGACGCGGCGCCGCCGCAUCGAGAUCGCCAACGCGCUCUGCCUCACCGAGCGCCAGAUCAAGAUCUGGUUCCAGAACCGCCGCAUGAAGUGGAAAAAGGAAAAUAAACUCAUCAAUUCCACACAGCCCAGCGGGGAGGACGCUGAGGCAAAGGCGGGCGAGUAG